AUGUCAGAAGCUAAGGUAUAUGAUUCUCCAUUCAAGACUUCUGGAGCGAUAUAUGGUAAUACUCCAUAUAUUUUGUCAUUUGAAUUUUGCUUAUCUGCUGGUCCUAUUAAUCCAAAAUUUGAAACCCUUUAUAAUUUACAAAAUUUAGGUUAUUGUCAUAAGGAUUUUCAUAGUGGAAAUAUCUUGCAAGAUAAACACAACCAUUCUUUCAUUUCAGAUUUUGGAUUAGCGGGACCAGCAGAUAAGAAAAAUUCGAAUGACAAAAUAUAUGGAGUAUUACCAUAUAUCGCUCCUGAGGUCUUGAAUGGGGAAUUAUAUACCUUAGCUUCUGACAUCUACAGUUUUGGUGUGAUUAUGGCUGAAUUAUCAACUGGAAACCCUCCCUUUUAUGAUAGAAAACAUGAUGUGUCUUUAGCCUUAGAUAUUUGUAAUGGACUUCGUCCAGAAUUUGGAACAGGAACUCCUGAAUUUUAUAAGGAAUUAGCUUAUAGGUGUAUGAAUGCAAAUCCAAAUCAAAGACCAACGAGUAAAGACUUAAAGAAAAUAUUACGUUUUUGGUAUAGUUCUAUUGAAG